CAUACUAAAUGCAUACAAAACAAAGGAAAACAGGUCAGGAACGUGACAAUACGUCAGUUCCUGUCACAAACCCGGAUACCUCCUGCGCCUCGACCUGUUGUUUCGGCCUGUUUUAUUUGUUUGUGUCAAAGUGUUUGUGUCAAAACCUGCCAUAGGCAGCUAAACAGGCAUUCUGAUACACUUAUGAGAUACUGUCACUUCAAUGUAUGAAGAAUUAUUUGUAUCGAUAUCCACUGAAAUACAUGUAUCACAUUCAAUUUUAUAUUUAUGAGGGUUGAUAUCUAACAUAGCAUGGGCUAUAAUUUUAAGUCAUGUAUGGCCAAAACCCAAGAGAAACCUGGCUACAAGGAGUAAAUGUAUUGAGGUGCCUAGUGUGAGCUGCCACACACACACUACCCUCUUCUUCCUCCUCCUCUGACUCCAGGUUUUGGGUAAAGUGGGCCUCAGACUGUGCUGAGUGACACAGCCUGUUGACCUUUGACCCCUGGGUCCUGUAGUGCAGAGCCAGUCAGAAUGCUGAUGGCCACACCCCUCCAGGCAGACACCAGGGAACCGAUAGGAGCCUCUACACAGGAUGCCCUCUCUUUUCUAGGUAUCUUUAUUCAGUAAUGUUGUGUAUUUGUACUAAUGCUACUGGUCCCUAUUUGCCAUUUUGUCUCUGUUAAUUAAAGGCUGGAUUCAGUUGUCAUUCUAGUUUCUGGCACCUUCAACGGCCUCUGUCACUAUGCUACUGUAAUAGCCUAGUGUACAGCCUGUCACUAUUCUACAGCCUACUCAUCUCUAGCCCAAAGCUCCAUCCACCAUUGUGCCGUCAUUGUAGUUUGUUUGCAGACCUUAUCAAAGAAACAGACUUCAGUGCACAUUCUAAUUGUUCAGCGAGAGUUGAUCAUGAGGAAAGGCUUUUUGUUCAAGACGUUGUGUGUACAGUAAUCAACCCUUCUAAUCACCCCUUAUCUUUCCAGUGCUGCUAAUUUACAGCAAGAGCUUGGUUUGGCCCAGCUGCUUAGCAUGCAGCCAUAUCAAAGUGUUUACAGUGACUAAAGUUAUUUGCCUGGGCUUGAAAUGUACCAAGUCCACAGAUCUAUCUGCUUAAUAUUUUAUGUUCACAUAUUUCUCUAACGUCAGCUAAAGUUAAACAAGUAACAUUUAUCAAAGCAUGUGUAUUGGAAGAAAACCACCGAUGGGUUGAAAUUCCUGAAGUCAAGCGUUCCAAAGGAGAGUCAGGUAUUAACUGGAGUCGAUCAAGGGUAGAAAAAAUUCUCAGCGGUCCCCAUUUCACCCAUUGGAUUUCUGACAGGGACCAAUAGGUUUGUGAGGGAGAGGCCAUAGAUAUGCAGAUAGCGUAAACCCAGAGCACGUAGAUUCCAAGGGAAGGAGAGGAAGACUGAGAGAGAGAAGGGGACAGAUAGAGGGAGGUCUUUGUGUUUCUCUCCACUGUUUGAAGCCUAUAGCCCGCUCUGCCACACUCAGGCCCAGUGGCUGGCCCGAACCCACUCGGUCUUCUGUUUGCUUUAGAACCCAACGGACAGCACACACACACACUCCUGUGUACUUAGAAAGUAUACUGAGGAAGACACACAUACACUUAGUUUUGAUCGUCCAGUUUCACAUUUCCAUACUUUUUCUACAUUUAACACGCAUACACACUAACUCACAGUUCAGUGGGAGUCUGCAGAAAGGGAGCCCUUGUCCCGCUGGUUUAAUAAUGAAACAGGCUGGCCAGUGGCUUUGGUAGGGGUUGCUAUGGGUACACUGGGAACGGGGAGAGAGGAGAGGGGUGGGUGAGAGGACUGGACUCAGUGAGAGAGACUCGAACAUUCCAACCCUGAUCGUUGCACAUUUGAAGCAGAAUUCCCAAGGGAUAGAAGAAGUGGACUCAGUGAAAGGGAGAUCAUACAGAAGAGAAGAGAGAGAAAGGUUGAAGAAGAGAGAGAAAGGUUGAAAAGAAAGAGAAAGAAUAAGGGAGCAGGGGAAGAGAAAAAUAAUGGAAAGCUGAAGACUUCUCAUUAACAAAUAGACAGGGGUGCGGAGUUCCAGCGUGUCUCCCAACAGAUGUGGAAGGCUAAGUUGCUGCGUCAGGAGCAGAGCUAAAAGGCUAACAUCUGAGAAGCAGAGAAGACGACAACAUGCCUCCCUGACCACCGCCAGUGCCAUCCCUAUUUGCAUACAGCCUUCAGGAUAUCCCCUCGGUGAAGAUGUAGUCCAAUUGGUUGCCUUGGAGAUGUCUCUAAACAGGGCCUCCUCUUGGCGCCGUCCCCCUGCCCUGUUGCUGUGGACUCUGUGGGUUCUAAUCCUCCCCUCAACUGUCACCCUGACCACAGGCCCCGGCAACAGCACCCUGCUCUUUGACAGCACCGACAACAGCAACAGCCUGCGGAACUGCAGCUGCUCCGCCCACAUCCAGGACUGUGACGAGGCGCUGGCCAACCUGCUGUGCAGCUGCCACACUGUGCUGCGCUCCAAGCUGACCCCCGGCGGCCUGAGGGAGCAGGGCGGACUGACUGUGUGGCUCAGAGAGCCCUGGGUUCUCACAGAGCUGCUGAACGGCAGCGUGGUGCUCGACCUAAGUCUGUCGUUCUGUGCCACUGGCACCCUGGCCAUCCCCAACCAGUACCUGGCCCUGUUUGGCCUCCGUAGGCUGAGGGUCCACAGUGCUGCCCAGGACGCUCCACACCUGGAGCAGGUCCUCACCAUCUCCUCUGGGAGUAGGGAUAUGGAGGGGAUGGGGUGCCUCUCCUCCACUGACCCCGCCUCCCCCUCCUCCGUUCUCCAUGUAUCCUUCCUGGAUGUGUCAGCGCUAAAUGGGUUGUCGUCCCUGAAGGCCUACAGUGUGAGCUCCACUCCCAUGUCCACCCUCUUCCAACACUUCCCCCACCUGCCCCUACCCCUACACCCCUCCACCGCCCUGGAUCAGCCCCCGGAGCCCCAACAGGACUGCCUCCUCACCUUCAUAUACUAGACCUGUAGGCUCUGAGCUCAGAGCUAGAUCUGUGGAAACUAGACUGGGCUGGAUGGAUGACACUGAGGUGCCUACAAGAGCUCCAUCCACCCGGAUGUUACUGAAUGGGCUUGGUGUGCAGAGAGCUGUGCUGCUUUCCAAUGUGUGUCUAUAUGGUGCAUUUCUACAGUGCAGGAAAAAACUAACACUAUUAUCUGUCCUCAAGAGGAAUCUGGACAAGAAAACAACCAUCUCUGAGAAGAAGAUGGAGUCAUAUUUCAAUAUCAUUGCAAGAAAAAGGGAGAGGUCCGGUUAGGUGAGAGUAAGACAACGAUGGCAUCCGUCUGCUGCUCUAUAAACUGACAGAGCUUGUAGACCUACUGCUUUCUGACAGUUACAUUUUCCAGCUGCUCUUUUCUCUCGGUUAUUGCGUGCAGAUGGCCUAUUAAAACAUGUUGUUUUGAAACCGGUUACGAUAUCUGCCUUAUAAAUGGGCCAGCCUGGUUAGAACCCUGUUGGAUCAUCAGGCGAUGGACUUCACUCUUCGUGACUGUACAGUUCUGAAUCCACCUACUUAAGCUGGACUUGGUUGGGGUUUUAUUCAAGAUUAAGCUAAAAGCGUUCUGGACUGGUUUGAUCUGGAAAUUGGUCCGGCCCAUGCUGGAUUGAUUACGUCACUCUGUUUCUGGUGUUCUAGAAUUCAGGGUUGUCCUGGAACAACCUUGGAGUGGAGCGUUCUCAUCUCUAUGUUCCACAAUGUGUUCUUCUGCUCAUGUUCUAGAACAGGGAUGGGCAAACUUUUUGGCUCGAGGGCCACGUUGCGAUUUCGAAAUUCAAGGGCCCCACAUUUUUCUUUUUCACAAAAUAAUAAUUCCCCCACCAAAAGUUUGUAAAAAAAAUACUCAAACCUCCCGCGGGCCGGAUUGAAUGUAGUUUGCCCACUCCCGCAGGCCGUAGUUUGCCCACUCCUUUUCUCGAAUGACCAUGUAUAUUUACAGUAGUACCUUGACCAGCCUAGUAAGGGUUAAUACAUUUUAAUCAUGGUGUAAAAAAAAGGAGCAUGCAAAGAGGUGUUAGGAACUCAAAAAUAAGUUCUCCACUCAGAAAACGAAUGGCACCAAUCUGGUCUUUAUUUCCAUCUCACAUCCUGAGAGACGUAAACAUUCAAUUCAUCUAAAACCACUCUCACAAACAAAGACUGCAGCCAACACUUCUGUUCUGUAGAUCAUCCAGAGUCUGAGCGUGUGCGUGUGUGUGUGUGCAUAUGAAUGUGUGUGUGUACGCGAUGUGUGCAUGUGUACAGUGCAUUCG